AUGACGAUGGAUAUUCGACCAAAUCACACGAUUUAUAUUAACAAUUUAAACGAGAAAAUAAAAAAAGAAGAACUUAAGAAAUCUCUUUACGCAAUAUUUUCACAAUUCGGACAAAUUUUAGAUAUUGUAGCAUUAAAAACAUUGAAAAUGCGAGGACAGGCCUUCGUUAUAUUCAAAGAAAUCUCCAGUGCAACUGUUGCUUUGCGUAGUAUGCAAGGAUUUCCGUUCUAUGACAAACCAAUGAGAAUACAAUACUGCAAAACGGAUAGUGAUGUUAUUGCUAAAAUAAAAGGCACUUUCCAAGAGAGACCAAAACGUCCUAAAUUGCCCAAAGGCAUGGACGAUGGUAAGAAGAAGAAGAAAGAUGCCAAUAGAAGUGCUAUACCUGGCUUUGGACAACCCGGCAUGGUCAACAAUGUCAAUGUGGAACAACCUCCUAAUCAAAUUCUUUUCCUUACCAAUUUACCCGAUGAAACAUCGGAGAUGAUGUUGUCUAUGUUGUUUAACCAAUUCCCAGGUUUCAAAGAAGUCAGAUUGGUUCCAAAUAGACAUGAUAUUGCUUUUGUGGAGUUUGCAAAUGAAAUGCAGUCGGCUGCAGCUAAAGAAGCCCUACAAGGUUUCAAGAUUACACCAACACAUGCUAUGAAGAUUACUUUUGCUAAGAAAUAG